AUGGAAUUUAAAAAAUUCGUUAAAAUGUUAUGUCCUGGAUAUACUCUACCCAGCCGAAAAACCUUAUCAAAUAGCUUAAUACCACAAACUUUUACUAAAAUCAGGGAGUCUGUCAAACAAGAAAUGAACAAAGCCUAUGCACUGUGUAUUACUACAGACAGUUGGACGUCCAUUAAUAUUGAAAACUUUACAGCCAUAACUGCGCAUUGGCUUGAUGAUAGUCAUGAACAUGGAGCAUUGACACUUUGCUCAAAUUUAUUGAACUGUAUUGCAUUCAACGAUCGUCACACGGCUAUUGACUUAUGUAGUCUUUUGCAAGACAAAUUCGAAGAAUGGGAGAUUCAAGACAAAAUAUUAGUCAUAAUCAGUGAUAAUGCACAUAACAUUAUUGCAGCUAUAAAGAAGGGAAAUUGGCAUUGGGAAAUAGCAAAUCAAGCUAUUGAAAUUCUUCAAGUUUUUAGCGAUGUGACAGUUAAAAUAAGUGCCGAAGAAAAUGUAUCCAUAUCCAAAAUACCAUUAUUUGUUACUGCAAUGGAUACUCAAUUUACAAAUGCUACCCUGAAUAGCAACAUACACAAAAUGGUCGACGUUUUUUUGAAAGAAAUUCAAGAACGGUUUAGAAACAUCGAAAGCAACGACCUUGUAGCUCAAACGGUUAUUUUAAAUCCUCGUUUCAAGAAAUAUGGAUUUAAAGACCAGCUAAAAGCGAAUCAAUCAAUUCAAAUGAUUAAACAGAAAUUAUUAGCUACUUCAAAACCCAAUUUACUUUUAAGUGUACCCCAUGAACGUGUGGAAAACAUUCCUUUUGAACAAGGUAAUAGGUUAUGGAUAGCCUUUGACGAAAAAGUUCGAGAACCCCAUAAUCCUACGGCAGCAGUAACUCUAGAGGUUGAUAAAUAUAUUAGUGAACCUCUAAUUGGAAGAGAAGAAGACCCAUUAUUGUGGUGGUUCCAAAGAAAAAACGUAUAUCCAAAACUUUAUGAAUUAGUUAAGAAAAGGUCAUGUAUUGUUGUGUAUGUACUGUGA